AUGGAUCUGAUACAUAAAUCAUUAUCAGCAACAAAUUUUUCUUCAAAAUCAAGUGAUAUAUCACGCAGUAUAUCGCUUUUUAAAGAUAACAGAAAGAUAUCUACACAGCCAGUUGAAGGGGUAUCUUUAUCUCUUGUUUCUGUUCCAUCAGGAUCCAGUACAACAUCACCAACAUCCCUUAGUAUUCAUCGACCAUCAUCAUUAGUGUUAUAUCCGGCAGGAGCAGUGGCAGUACUUCAUAAUAUCAAAUGUUCAGUAGAAAAUAAACGUUUUUUUUGUAUACCCCAAAAUCUUGUGACAGACGGAGGAUUUAUUACUGGUAAUAGUCCUUUUUUGUCAAGCAAAAGCAAUAGUCCUUUACGCGAUAGUAUUGAUACAUUUUCAAAUCAAGAAUCGUCAGGAUGCCAAUCUAGACUUCUUUAUGACAAAUAUUGUGGUUCUAUUAUGCGUGAGGAAUUAGAAACACAAAAUAAAGUAAGAGAAAAAAUUAAAGCAUUAUCUUGUACAACAAUUAGUCAAGAUAAGAAAUAUAUUGCAGUUGGAGAGUCAGGAAAGUCACCACGAAUUUUAAUAUAUUCAAUAUCGUCAGAUGAAUCUUUACCUAUUGCUAUUUCAGGACAUACGUUUGGUAUAAAAUGCCUUUCAUUUUCAUCAGAUUCUAGAUAUCUUGCUAGUGUUGGGUUUCUUCAUGAUGCAACUAUUAAUGUGUGGUUAAUAAUUGAUAAGACUAAUACUAUAAAACGAAUUGCAAGCAAUAGAGUAACAAGCCUUGUUAGAGAUCUUUCAUGGAUGGGAAUUACAAUAGUUACGUGUGGAUUACGACAUGUUAAAUUGUGGAAAUGGGAAGAAGAAGAAGUUUCUAAAACAUCAAACAUAGGAAAAACUUCAGUUUUAGAAGGGAAAAAUAUAAUUUUAGGAACAAUGUCAGAUGAGGAUUUUAUGUCUAUUAGAUCAUUGGGAAAAGAAUCUGUAAUACUGUGCUCUAGUAAAGGAGAAAUAUGCAUUGUUUUUGAAGGGGAUCGUUCUGUUAAACGAAUUUUUAAUGUAGGAUAUGAAAUAAGUUGUAUUGAUAUAAAUAAUAUAGAUAAUCUGUUAUGGGUUGCGGGAAAACGUUCGGAGAUAGAAGCAUAUAAAAUAUAUGAAUUACUAGAUAAAAACAAUUUUCAGGAAGAAUUUAAAAAAGAAAUGGUUAAAUCACUUAAACCUUUAAAGCCAAAUUCUGGAAUAUUGGCUAUUGCAUGUGACUAUUCUGGUAAUUUGGUGGUAGUUGAUGGUGAUCAUUCAAUUUGUAUUAUUGACACAAAUGAUGAAUCUAAAAACCAAAUAAUAGGAGGAAGUUCAACAAAAAUGAUGGGGGUUAAAAAUCUGCAUAAAAAUUUUCUCAACGCUAUAUUAAUGACAUGGUCUAUAUCUGGAACAGUAUCUUUUUGGGAUGAAAAUGAGGCAUGUAUAUUAACUAUAAAUAUUGCAAUAGAACAACCCGAAAAUAUAUCGGAGGAAACUAUAAAAAAUGAACUAAAAGUUGUCCAAUACAACCAUCAUGACGAAGAACUAAUAAUUGGAGAUUGUUAUGGUAUGAUAAAAACGAUAAAUCUUAGAGAUCAAAAAGAAUUAUGGAGACAAAUGGCACAUGAUGGAGAAAUAACAGAUAUUGAUUCUGGUGUUAUAAAUGAAAAAUAUAUAAUGGUCAGCUCUAGUAGAGAUAGAACUAUACAAGUAUGGUCUCGAGACAAAAAUUCUCAUAAUUGGGAUUUAGAACAAACUCUUGAUGAUCACAAUUCAUGUAUAAAUAAAGCACGUUUUCAUAAAAAUUAUCAAAUGCUUAUUUCUUGUUCUGCAGAUCGUACGAUUGUUAUUAGACAACUACAUGAAGAAUCUGGAAGUACUCAAUUACGCUAUUUAACAAAGAAAAUAAUUUCAUUACGUUCUGCAGCAUUAGAUUUUACUUUUAUAUCUGAGGAUUCACUUAGGUUUUUUGUAUCAACUCUAGAUCGUCAACUUUUACAGUGUGACACUCAAGGACAAAUUAUUGGAACGUAUAAGACUUCUGAGGAUCCUAAAGAAAUGGUAUCUUUAGACAAUAUUGCUAUAUCAAAUGUAAAAUUAUCUUUGGAUACAGAUAACACGAAAAAAACAACUUUAGAGAAAAAAUUUAUUGCUGCUUUGGGGAAUGAUAAAGCCAUAAGAAUAUAUGAUCUAUUAACAUGUUCUCUUUUAGCAAAGAAAUAUAUACAUACAGACGGGGCUACUGGGAUAGCAUGGAUAGAAUCUAGUCAAUUAAAUAAUAAAGCAAGACUCGUUUCUAGUGGAAUGGAUGUUCUCGCUAUCUGGGAAUUAUCGAUAGAUGAUAUUCAAAAAUUUGCACCAACACAUGGGAUUUAUACAAAUUUAAAAACACCGAUCAGAAAAAUAAUUCCAAAGCGUAUUAUUGGUACUUUUUCUCCUAUUGUAGCAAAAGAUGUAUCAUGUAUUCAAUCAAAAAAAUUAUGGAAAUCUGUAUCUCCAACACGUUCAAAUUUUGACUUAUCAAAAAGUGAUAGCGAUUCUCCCACCUCAAAAAGGAUAAGUAGACUAAGCAAAAAAAUAGUCGAUCAAAUGGAAGAUUCUAAGCGUCGUGCUUCAAGUCCAAUUAGAUAUUGUUCUCAGAAGCAAGACAUAUGUUUACCCAAAAAAUUUUCUGAUAAUAAAGACACUAAUGAUUCAACAAUUGUUUUUAAUGAAAAAAAUGAAACUAAUAUUAAUAAUACUAAAGAAAUACAAAUAUUUAACGACGAAGAUACAUUAACUAAUGAAAUAAAUUUGCUUAUAGAUAAACUGAAAGAAAUCCAUCAUGAUAUUAAGGCUAUAAAAAAUAAAGAUACUCAAAAAAGAUCCAUGCUAUUUUACAAUUUACAAAAUCAACUUAUAUCAAUAUUAAAUGAUCUUCGAGAACAAGUGUCACCUAUAGAAAUUGAAAAUCCAAAUAAAGAACUUUUGGAAAAAUAUUCUACACAAUUGAUAGCUCUAAUUAAGGAUAAAAUAAAAUAG